AUGGACACAGCGGAGGUAAUUGUCUCCCUCCUGGUAGUAGUCAUCAUCAUAGUGUCGUUGCUGUCCAACGUGCUGGUGCUGAUCUGCUUUCUGUAUAGCCCGGAGAUCCGGAAGCAAGUACCGGCAUUGUUUACCCUAAAUCUGACCUUCUGCAACUUGUUGCUAACUGUUUCCAACAUGCCUCUGACUUUGGUGGGACUUGUCAACAAUGGCCAAAUUGGCGGCCAGGGCUUCUGUCAGAGCGUUGGCUUUCUGGACACGUUUUUAACUACAAAUUCAAUGCUAAGUAUGGCAGCUCUGAGCAUCGACAGGUGGAUCGCGGUGGUUUUCCCUCUGAGCUACCACUCCAAAAUGCGCCACAGAGACGCAGCUCUGGUGCUUGGCUACACGUGGGUACACUCCGUAUGCUUCUCCACAGUAGCCGCUUGUCUCUCAUGGGUGGGAUACAAUCAACUUUACGCAUCUUGUACUCUCUGCAAUGCAAGAGCGAACAGCAGUCGGACCCAGUUUGUUAUCUUUACAGUGGUUUUCCACUCGCUCACGUUUCUUCUGUCUUUGAUAGUGUUGUGCGUUACAUACCUUAAAGUGCUAAAAGUGGCUCGGUUCCACUGUAAAAGGAUAGACGUUAUUACCAUGCAGACUUUAGUGCUUCUCGUGGACAUUCAUCCAAGUGUUCGACAGCGAUGCCUGGAGGAGCAGAAGAGACGGAGACAGAGAGCCACCAAAAAGAUCAGCACCUUCAUCGGCUCGUUCGUGCUGUGCUUCGCGCCCUACGUGAUAACGAGGAUCGUGGAACUGUUUCCGGUAGUGCCUAUCAACUCUCACUGGGGAGUCGCCUCCAAGUGCUUGGCUUACAGCAAGGCGGCGUGCGACCCUUUCGUUUACUCUCUGCUGAGGCACCAGUACAGGAAGACGUGCAGUGACAUCAUCAACAGGAUCCUGAAGCGCAGCUCUCUCAACACGUCGGGGCGGCAGCUCGAGAACGGGAGGAACGACGUCGCUCAGACCGCCCAGGGAACCUGGCCGUGA